GUAACGUGGUCACAAUACUGAAGAAGAAAAGGCAAAACAUGCAGAUUAGCCCCUCAACUCUCCGUGCAGUGGCAGAUCAGCCCCUCAAGUCUGUUCACGCGCAAAAGAAUCCCUCAACUCAUUCGGUGGCAAAUCAGCACCUCCGUGUACAUGACAUCAUCAAUCCGUUAAAACUUAACGUUCCACUCAUCAUGCCCGACUCUGCGCUCGGUGGAGGAAGCCUCCCCGGCACAGCCUUCACCGCCCCGUCUAACGUCAAGGGAUGUCAACGGGUCCCGCGGGACCGAGGAGCCCUUCCCCAUCCCCAUCCCCACGAGUCACGAGGACAGGAAUCCCCGCGAGGAUUUUUGACGAGGGGCAGAUUUUGCCCCUCGUCCCCAUUCUCCACGGCUCCAACAGCAAUAGCAAUGGCAGCAGAUGGCUACGUAGCAGCAGCAAAUCGCUCUAGCGGCAACAGAGCAAAUGGAUCCUGCAGCGAGCUAGCAGCAGAGCAGAUGGACCUAGCAUGCAGUAGCAAAGCAGAUGCAUCCAGUAGCAGCAAGCAGAUGGAUCUGGCACUGGCAGUAGUAGAGUAGAUGCAUCCAGCAGCAGCAAAGUAGAUGUCUUCGGCAGCAACAGCAGUAGCAAAGCAGAUGUUUUCGGCAACAGCAGCAGUAGCAAAGCAGAUGUUUUCGGCAACAGCAGCAGUAGCAAAGCAGAUGUCUUCGCACUACCAAAAAAUUCAUAUUUAGUGACUAAAUUAUUGAUCAUUAA